AUGAUUUCGAAAGAUGGCGCGGAAAAAUUGAUUUGUCCCCGUUUGAAUAAAUCUAAAAACAAUGAUAAUGAUGAUAAAAAAAUCAAUUCUCAAUCAUCAUCAUCAUCAUCAUCAUCUAAAUUGGAAUCUCGAAUCAAAACUCGUACGCGAUCGAAGAAAAAUCAACAAAAUCACAAAAUUCAACGACCAUGUCGUGCUGCAGCCGCAGCAGCAUCAUCAUCAGCAACGACAACUGUCCAUGAUGGGUGUCGUAGUCAUCGUAAUUCCAAACAAAAUUCAUUACGACGUAAAAACCCGGAUGAAGAUAAUCGAUCUAAUGUUAGUUGUAAUAAAACAAAUAGCAGAGAACGAAGUAUAAAACGAAAAACAAACGGACGUUUUCGUAUACCAUUACGAUCAAGAUCAAUGUUUAUAAAAAUACGACAAAAAGGUAGAAAUUUUGGUAUUCGUUGUAAAACAAGUGUUGAAUUAUGGCGUAAAUGGAUUAAACGUGGUAUUGGUUGGGGUUCGAAUGAUAAUAAUGAUUUGAUUGAUAGAUCGAUGACCGAAUCACCAUCAAGACAAAUGCUCAACGAAACAAUGCCAAGCCAAAUGAUUAAUAAAAAGCCAGUGACAAUGAUGAUACGGAAAAAUAUUAUAACAGAUGUAAUACCGGAAGAAGAUGAACAACAAGAUGAAAAAAUCGAUGACAAUAAUAGUGAAAUUCACCGACAACAAUCACGCAAUCAAACAAUCGAUAGUCAAUCAUCGGUCAAAAUCGAAAUCGAAAUCAACGACAUUAAUGAUGAUAAUAAUGAUGGUCAACAACAACAACAACUAACAACUACAAUUGAUGCUGUUAAUUUUUUCCAACAUGAUGCUGGAUUUCUAUCAGUCGAACGUAUACAGCUUGUUUGA